UCUCAUUUUUCUUUCCAAAAGUUGUUUCUCCUUGACUUCUGAACCUGCCCAAAUCAACCCAACGAUCAACCAAAUCAAUCAAUCAAUCAAGAUGUCGUUGCUUCAAUCAAUUUUUGGGGACGCGCCAGCAGCAGAAAAGUCCCAAAAGAAAGGGAAGAAGGAUCGUGGAUUGGCCAAUCUCUUUGACAAGUUUUCAAAGGAAGGAGAAAAGGAUCCAAAAAAGGAGGUUGAGGAUGACGAUUCCAGCAGCAGUGACGAUGAGGAUUCUUCGAACGGUUCCUCCUCCAACGAAAACAAGGAGAAAGAUAUUGAGAAUGAAGUAGAUUCCUCCGAUAAUGACGACGACGAAAAUGAAACUGAAAAUCAAGAAAAAGCCAAAAAACCAACAAAACGCAAUACCCUGUCUCCCGCAGAAAAACAAGCACAGGAGGAACGAACCGUCUUUGUCGGCAAUUUACCUCUCAGUACGAAACGCAAGUCACUCAUCAAGUUGUUUUCCCAAGUAGGCAAAGUUGAAUCGGCUCGAUUGCGGUCCGUCGCAGUGACAGGUGUCAAAUUGCCACCCAGCCAUGCGGGAAAUCAAAAUCUGGUCAAGAAGGUUUGUACGAAUACACAGCAACUCGACGUGGAAGCCAAAUCAUCCUUGCAAGGAUAUGUCCGUUUUGCCGACAAGGACUGCGUCGAACAAGCCAUUGCCAAAUUCAACAAUACGCCCUUGGCCGACACCAAUCCGCAAGCCACUCGCGCCGUCCGUCGCAUUCGCGUCGAUACCGCCACGCCCACGGAAGAUCCCAAACGAUCCGUCUUUGUGGGAAACUUGCCCUAUCAAGCGGACGAAGCUUCCUUGCACGAAUUUUUCGUCCAACAGUGCCUCUUGCAAAUGAAUGAUAUUGUGGGAGUACGCAUCAUUCGCGACAAGAAUACAUUUCAGUGCAAAGGCAUUGGGUAUGUUUUGUUUCAAGAUGCCACCAUGGUCGCCACGGCAUUGCAACGAAUGCAGGAUGCCGUCUACAUGAGACGCAAUCUGCGAGUCAAUGCGUGUGCUAACGUCAAGGGGCAACACCACAAGAAACGAACGCGCCAUGUUGCGACAAAUAACAAUACAGAGAGCAGCAGCAACAAGAAGCCACGCACAGUGGUAGCAUCGGGUGCCAUGAAGCGAGUGGCACGAAAACAAAACAAACGCAUGCGUGGAGAAAAGAAGAAGAACAAGAAUGAUCCCAGCAGCAAGCCGGGAGUCAGCAAACGAGCUGCCACCGAAGCCAAGGUGGACAAGCGAGUCAAGAAACUACAGAAACGAAUAACCAAGGGUAUGGGCAAGGCGAGAAAGUCGUAGGAGUUUGUCAUUAUUGUUUUCUUAAUAAAAUAUGUGCUUUUAAAAAAUCAAGGAAGCACUGCUGCAAUUCAUAGUAAAAACUUCACGCCGGUA